CCGCCAUUUGCAACAGGAUUUCGCUGGGAGAGAGCGUGUAGUGUGCGUUUGCAGAGAAAGGGAAAGAGAUCGGAACGGGAGUCAAUGAGCUUUUCCUAAAAGUAGCUAUUCAGUUAAUUCAUUGCAUCAAGCGGGAGGAUCCACACACGCUCCCACAGCCAUGGCGUACCGAGGACAAGGACAGAAAGUGCAAAAAGUUAUGGUGCAGCCGAUUAAUCUUAUCUUUAGGUACCUUCAGAAUCGCUCCAGAAUCCAGGUGUGGUUGUAUGAGCAGGUGAACAUGCGGAUAGAAGGUUGCAUUAUUGGUUUUGAUGAAUACAUGAACUUGGUGCUCGAUGACGCAGAGGAGGUCCACAUGAAAACAAAAGCCAGGAAAACUCUCGGUCGGCUUAUGAUAAAAGGAGACAAUAUCACCUUAUUGCAGAGUGUUGCUGUCUAAUGCACACCAAGCUUCUUCACUGCUGAAUAGCAUCCCCAGGGCUGUGGAGUCACACAUGGAAAUAACGAUUUCAAUGCAGAUAAUAUUUGUAUUUUUGUACUGACUGUUGGAGCUCCAGGUCACAUUUGCUUUUGUAACAGUGCUGGUUAUGUCACCGCCAGUGGGAUCUUGUUCACUGGUUAUGUGCAUUUCUUGCUCAUCUCGUUUGUGUUACAAUAAAGAUUUUUGGUUGUU